AUGUCAAAAACGAAAUUGCCUCCCGUAGCCGGCGACCCACCAACUCCCGGUACCGGAGGGGAUCCACACAGGCGAUCCAGCACACGUAUCAAGCAGAUCCUUGCCAGAGAUAAAAGCAAACUCAUACAAAAGAAGCUCGAUUUCGAAAAGAACAUGAAGCCAACUAGAACAAGCAAGGAAGUCGGCAAAUCCCGACACAUUAGGCAGAGUGCCAACCCAGAUUCCGACGACUUUCAGUCGGACCAUGGCGAAGUUCAUCACAAAGAUGCUCGGAGAACUCAAAAAAGAAAGAUCUCAAAUGUGGCUGAAGCAGAAGAGUCGCGAGAUCCAAAUUAUCAUGCUGAGGAUGAAAUGCACGCUGUAGUAGAUGAUUCUGAAUAUGAGGAUGAGCAAAUAUCUGGGAUGAAAUUCAGUAAAAAAAAGAAGGAUGGAUUACAAGAAGGACGUCAUUUCAAAAAAAAGAGGACCAAAGAUAGCAGUACUGUAGGCAAUACAACUGGGGAUUGUCCGAUAGUCAAGGAGUGGGAAUUGAUCAUACCAAAUCCCAGGGAUUUAAAUGUUAAGGUUCUAAACAGUAAUGACAACAGCAGAGACGAUUCUACAAUAAGUGAAAUCAAGCGAAUGCUUUCAGCCGAGCAAUUAGAUUUGUUUAGAGAAUCUGCAUUUGGUAAGUUCUUGGAUCUACCACACUGCAAGGUUCAAAACCAGCUUGUCAAUCAGAUUCUGUUACGGGAGGUGCAUCAAUCAAGGAGCGACGAGCUUUGGCUUGACUUUGGGGGGAGGUUUUUUCGGUUUGGCAUCGAAGAAUUUGCCCUGAUAACAGGGCUGAAGUGUACAGGCCCUUGCAAGAAGUUGAAUAUUCCUCAAGUACACGAUGGAAUGUACGACAAAUUCUUUUCUGGCGUUGGUUUAAACAGAAACUUCAUCCGCUGGCAGUUUCUACAAAAAUACUGGAAAAGCGAUGAAGAUGCUGUUAAAUUUGCCAAGUUACACUUACUUGCAAAUUUUUUAAUUGGGUCGCAAGACACUCUAAAGGUAGAUAGAUGCUACCUUGACAUGAUAGACAGCGCCGAUUGUGAUGAUUUUGAUUGGGGAACCGAAGUGUUUGAGUUCACGAUGCACCAUCUGAAGAAAUCCACCCAAUAUCGAAAACAGAUCCACAAAGCCGGGAAACCAGUGACUGGUGGCUACCUCUACAGGUGCUACGGGUUUAUCCUUGCACUCCAACUUUGGUUUUACGAGGUUUGCACCUCUGCAGAUGGUGUAAUUUGCACAUGCCUAAGCGAAAAUGACAUGCCCAGAAUGCUCAAAUGGGAAGUACGUGGUAGUCACAACCGUGCCUUCAUGCAAAGAAUAUUUUCAAAUUUGGAUUCCAGCAAGUUCAAGAACGUGAUACCCACCGACGAAGAGAAACACACGUUGUUUAUCAAUGAUUUUUUCAAGAGCAAGAAUGAGUUUAAUCGUGAUGAAAUCCCGACAACCGACCACCAUCAGCAGAAAAGUGAAGCAGACGUCAUAAAACGUCUUGACAGACUUACCCAUGAGGUUGAAACUCUGAAGCAAAUUUUCCUUGACUUUUCCAACCGGGUAUUUGCAGAAUUUGCCUUAUUCAAGGAAAAGUUUAAUCAAAUGCUGGAAUUCACUCUGAACCUCGUGAAAUGGAAGAAGCCCCUCAUACAGAUGAAGGAGUUCAAAUGGUCGGUUUAA